CUUUGGCCAGUCAAACCAACCACGGGCCACCACCACGAAGCAAAGCAGCCAAGGCGAGUCACCCUGCCCGGCUCUCCAUCCUCCAGGUCCAGGGCUCCAGCCUCCACUCUCCAGGCCACGGGGGCGGGCGCGGGGCGAGUCGAGUCCACUGUGGCAGGGGUACACGGGCCUGAAAAGGCGGCUGCGGCGGCGCCACCAAACCGCUGCCGCGCGAGCGCCGCCACCGAACGCGCCCCGCCGGCCGGGCCUCCCCUCUCGCCCGCCCGCCCCAGGCGUCGCGAUCGCCCCCGCGGGCGCUCGCUCCUCAAAUAGGCCGCGAGGGAUCACGGCCCGAGCGGCGUCGGGGGAGGUUCGUCGGGUUGACUUGGGCUUGGAUGGGCGGGACCAGCGCGAGCGGCCGGCGGAGGUGGGCGCGGCGGUCCUGCCGGACGGGAGGACAAGCCGGUGGGGUUGUCAGGCGGACGAUCGCGGCGCCAACUGCUCCGAGGGUAACCGAAGGGUUUGCUCAUGUGGACAAGCAACGGCGUGUUCAUGGAGCAUUAUCAGAUUUCAGAUGCAACAGUGGAUCAACAGUUCAUCUUUCUUUGGAUAUCGAGGAAUUCAAGCAUAAGGGCUCCCACAAAUCUUCUGUUAGAUGUCUUCCUAGUUCACAGAGAAAUGUAACAGAAAUUAGUCACAUGCAACCUGUUGCGAGGGGACUUCAAGUAGAUAAGAGCUUCAGUGAUAAAGGGUUGUGUCAUGCGAGCAGAACUGUUUCAGGAAUGCCCAUUCGACCUAAGUAUUAUCUCAGCAGUCCCAACAACAAUUUGAAGAGUCCUCCCACUGUAAAGAGUUGUAGUCAGAUGAGUGAUUUCAGUUAUCGACUGGUCAGAAGUGCUAAAAGGUCAGCUUCUCCAGGAAUGGGUUUAACCAGCACAAACUACUCCCUUUAUGAGAAAAUGUCUUUGCUACGUCAACGAAGGCAUGGUGAUAAUCAUCAGAACCAAAACCGUAUCAAUGCCUUGAAUCGACGACACAAAAUCAUGAAUCCUAGGGGAGCAGCUGAUCUGCUAAGUAAAGAUAAGGUUCAUGAACACCUUAAUUCCUCAUUGGAAAGACAUUCACAGGCUUUGUUAAAUAAUGCAUUGAUUAGAGAAAAGCAACUGUGCUGUUCAGAUAUACUCAAUCAAAAAGCACCUGAACAGAUAUGGAGCUCCGUUUCCAGUGAAUCUGAGAAGAUAUUAUGCUUUUCCUCUGGUGACAGCAUUGAUGAUCUGCAAGGAUCGUAUUCAAGUGAAACUAGUGAUAGCUCCAACUUAUCAUCUCUGGGUGCAGUAGCUGGUGAUGAAUGGAAUACAGCCUUCAAGAAGGUAUACUACCCUCAGACUGCAUGCAUGGACUCUACAUCUGUCAUGUACACUAAAGAAGUAGGUCAGGCUAGCCCAAUAUCUGUUCUUAAGCCUCUAUCUGAAGAUUGCUCUGAUUCUGAAAACAUCAGGCGAGAGCCUGCAGAUCCAUAUGAUCUCCAGCUGAGACUGGAGCUUGGCACAUUUGCACCAACAGAAACUGCUGCGGAGGCAAGUAGCAUUGGCAGAACUAGUGACUGUUUAUCCUCUGAAGUGCAGCCGAGCGACGACAAACCCAUACAGCUUGUUGAAGACAUUCUCGAAGAACUGGAAGACGAUGAGGAAAGGGAGUUCUCUUACUUGCUGGACAUACUGAUUGCUUCUGGAAUCCAUGGAACUGUGGAGGAUCAAAUGUACAAGGUGUGCCAGUCUACCGAGUACCCUGCUAGCGACGAUGUGUUCGAGAAGGUGGAAAAGAAGUACACCAAAGUUGUCCAGUGGUCAAGAUCAGACAGGAAGCUUUUAUUCGACAUGGUGAACACGAUACUGUCACAGAUCCUCGCCCCAUGCUUGAACAUGCGACCUUGGGUCAACACUACCAGGAACUUGGCUCCGCUUUGGGGCGCAGAGGGUCUCCUAGAGAAAGUCUUGCAGGUGCUAACUCAGAGACGGGAACAACUCGCGCCCAGUGAGACUAAGCCGGAGAAGAAAGGGUUAGAUCCGAAGUGGCCAGAUUUAGCAGACUGGAUCGACAGGGCAGGAAGGGACAUUGAGAGAAUGAUUAAAGAUGAUAUGUUGGAAGAGCUGGCCCUUGAGCUACUGUUCAGUUAGGUUAGGGUUCCACGGCCGUAGUAGGUUUUAUUACAGCAGUACAGAUCCCUUGUUUUCUUAUCUGGGUUUUUUAGUCAGUUAUACUUGUUAGUAGUAGGGUUCCAUGGCCGUAGUAGGUUUUAUGGGAUGUCUGUAGGAAAAUUCUUUUCUGCCUCGGAAAGGAGUGGGGUUUGUAAGAAUAGAAGUCUUUCCUGUCGAGUUUUGUCGGCUGUGAGAGUUAAAGUCUGUAAAUGAGGGCAAAUUGUAGUCCCCGGGGCAUUUGUAUUUGGAUUGGACUGUUCUUGAAAGGAAGAAUAAGCGGCAUGUUCUUUUUGUCUGUU